UUUAUGGAUAUCAUCGAAAGCACAUAAAAACUUUAAUAAAUUAUAUCGAAGGAAAUUCUUUAAUAAUUAUACAAAAGUGGGUCUUAUUUCUUCCGGUCUUAUUUACCAGUAAGAAAUACAAUAAUUAUAUCGGAACAUUUUAAAUUGUAUUUAUAAUAAGAAAUUAAAGGAAUCUUGUGUAAAGUUAAAGAAAAUUGUGGAAAUAUUUCUACAAGCGAAACAUUCUUCAAAGUGUUAAGUGGCUGCCGUUUCCGUGUUCCGAGAUGGAAGGCUACUUUCUUCACAUAGCCAGUAAGCUCGAGGAACUUAGAGUAAGACCAGGCACCGGGAAAUUCAACCUUUUGACCGAGUUGAAGAGUUGGGAUUUGUGGCGAGGUAUUAUAGCCGAGCUAAUAGCAACAGCGUUGUUCGUGUUAAUUGGAACUAUGUCAGCAAUGGACAUUAAUCAAACGGACGAAGGAGAUAAAAAUGCAAAAUUUAUUCGGAUCGCCUUUACUUUUGGAUUGAUGAUAACUGUAUGUAUACAAAUGAUUGGUCACGUGUCCGGAGGUCACAUGAAUCCUGCUGUUUCCAUAGCGAUGGCUGUUGCUAACUGGAUCAGUCCGACGCGAGCGUUUCUAUAUGUUUGUGCACAGAGUGGGGGAGGGAUACUCGGAUCGUUCCUGUUGAAAUUGUUCACCCCUUCAAGACUACAUAACAACCUUGCCGUUACCACAAUCAACCCAGAACUUAAUGUUGGACAGGGACUUGGCUGUGAAAUCAUAUUUACUUUUAUUCUCGUAAUGUCUAUAAUGGGAUGUACGGAUAUGAACAGACCAUUGUUUGGAAGCCCGGCGAUUGGAAUCGGGUUCACCGUUGCGGUUGUCCAUUUAGCUGCGAUUCCAUUCACUGCAGCAAGUAUGAACCCUGCCAGGUCCCUUGGCUCAGCUGUCAUCUCCAAGUAUUUCAAAGACCUUUGGGUAUACUGGGUUGGACCUAUUGCCGGUGGUAUAGUAGCAGCCGUAGUUUACAAGUUUGUUUUUAACCCCUAUCGCAAACAUGUGUCGUACAAAUGGGCGGCAAAGGAACUAAUGAACGAUACAGAAAUGAUUGUCAUCCCGAAGGACUACUUUUCUGCAGGACAGAAAACUGACAAAUCUAACGGCAAUGUCGUGGCAAACAAUGUGGUUUCUUGUUCGCAUCAUUUGUAGAUACAAUUACAAGGGAAAUGGUACAAAAGGAAUAAGGAAACUUGGUGAUGAUAAAUCAAACACCAUCCGUAAAGUAAAUCAACCUAUCCUUGAAAUUUGUGAUUCGGUUUGUGCAAAGAUCCAACGACAAAGAAAUUAAAACUGAUGAGAAUUGUCGGUUAGGACAAACGACUAAUAUAUAGAAAGAGCUAGUGAAUAUUAUUAGCUUUAAUAGAAAUUUUAAAGAACAGAUAUUUUUCUCAAUUAAAUAGUCAUAGAAAUAAUGCAAUAAAAUGUUUGAUAUGCAAAACCAUUACAUAAUGCCGGGAGAUAAAUUGUUUUUUUGCAAAUGCCUUAAAUUAAAAAAAGCUUAUUCAUUAAUGCACGCGAAAAAAAGCAUAACAUUAUCCUUUUGUGGUCUCUUUCCUUUUGCGUAAAGAUGAAAAAACAACAACAAUAUAAUGUUAUUCAACCGCCCGCACGUGAUUAAAGGUAUGAAACUCAUAAAUAUUUGAUUACGAAACGUUGAAUCGUUGGAACAUAAACAUUAUCUUUAGAGACGUUGGAAUCAUAAACCAUAUAUGAGUUGAAAGUACAAUGACAAAGAUGUAAAAAAGGCAUUAAUAUUUGUAUAUAUUCUACUUCUUUUGACAUUGAAAUAUAUAUCAUAUGUUAAUCGAAUUCACGUGGACAAUGUUAACACAUGUGUAGGCUUACUCGUUUUGAGUUAAAAUUGAUGAUUUUACACAUGAUGAAUCGCACUUUCAUGAAACAUUGGCAGCUGAUUGAUAAUGCUAUGUGAUUUUUUUUAUUUAGGGAGUCCAUUAUUUGUACAAAUUUCUCACAUACUAAAGAUAUGUAUUCGAAAUAAAUAAUAAGACAUGUCAUAACUAUCUGCAUGUGUUGCAAGAACAUUGAAAGGGACAUGCUUAUUAAUUAUUACAACAUAAUAUCGCUAUGGCAUUUAAAAAUUACAGAUCAUGAAUAGCCAGGUAGGUAUAGAAAGAAGCAAAAAGUAGUUCAGUCUAUCACGGAUAUUAAAAAGCGGAAACAAAGAUCAAUCAGUCAUGAGCAGAAAAAAGCGAAAACGUAGAGCAAUUUAUCUUGAAAGCAAGUCAUCAUGAAAAGAAAAAAGCGGUAACAUAGAUUAAUCGGUCAUGGAUAGAAAUAAGUGAACAAUCAUGGAAAAGGCGUAGAUUAUCAAUAACGAAAAUAAUAACUGUUAUUGCAUACCUGCCGUAAAAUACAUUGUUACCAUGGUGGUAAACUUUUGGGCGAACAAUUGAAGGAGCUUUCCUGUUUUUUUGUAUUUUCUUUUGUAAUUUAUUACAUGUAUGUUUUAUAUACAUCGCGUUAUUAUAUACAUAUAUACAGCUUUUCGGAUGAAUCCGAAUUAU